AUGCAGCAAUUCUCCCAGUCUUCCUCCACCUUUGCUCCUCCUCCCCAAGCUCCCAAACAACACCUUGAACCUGCAUUUCAACAGCUCACCUCCCCCAUCCAUCCCACCCCCUUCCCCAACCACGGUGAUCGCUUAGCGAUGCCGCGGAAUGGAGCAUAUAUGCACAUGGCUCCUCAAGGUCCUGGACCCAUGCAACCACCUCAGACUUUUGUCGGCUGGCCUCAGCCUGGAGAGUGGGAAGAUGAGACGGCGCCGGCAGAGGUCAAACACCGACGUCGGACUACACCGGAUCAAUUACGCGUGUUGGAGCACUGGUUCAAGGUCAAUCCGAAGCCGGACAAUAAUAUGCGAGAAUGGUUGGCUCUAGAGCUCGGGAUGACCAAACGGAACAUUCAGGUUUGGUUCCAGAACAGACGCGCCAAAGUCAAGAGUAUCGCACUGAAAGAACGAGCGGCGCAAGAAGGAGGGCUGAGAACACCGCCCAAAACUGCUCCGGCUCAGCUGUCCAAUGGGCCACGUCCUCCCUUGACAGGUCAGCUUGCUCCUCCGACGCAAGUCGGUCGAAGGGUCUCCUUCGCCGAUGCGGAUCAAUCCGUCGCUGGACACUUUGCAGCCCGCUCGCCAGGUCUUCGGAAGGGCAGUAUACCGUAUGCGAUACCGGAAGACUCCAUCUCUCCCAUUCAGUCUCGUCCUUCCGCCCUUCAUCUCGCCGCCAUGAACAAUUCACGGCGGGCAAGUGUACCCAAUGCUCAAACGGUACCUUCUGGUCCGUUCACUCCACCUCGUUUCACACCCAUCAGAGGUGCCGCCGGUGAGGUAGUACCAGUGGACAAACCGCUAGUGGUCCAAGACGCGAGCGCUACAGUGGCUCCCGCCGUUGCUCAACCCCAAUACACUGGUGCUCCAUACCCAUCUGGCAUCCCUCCUUUUACUCCCAACGGUCCACUCCCUUCGCCUGGCUUCCAAUUCGGAACUCAUGCUGGACCGGCCGGCGAGAUCCCACCUGGGUCUUGGUCAUGGAUGCCGAGAGAUAGAAUAGGUAGCAUGGCCAGUCUGAACACCUACACCACGGAUGGGACGACUGCGAGCGAGUGGGACAGCGAUUGGAUGGCGGCGAUACCGACUGGGUUUGAGCCAGAUAACCGUAGAGCCUCUGCUCCCGCCGAAUUGCUUCAACAAUUGGGGAUCCUGGGUCUCAACCCUAAUGUCCCACAGGUAAACGUCUCUACCGUCCCCGUGGACCCGAUGUCAGCCAGUUCGUCUGGCAUGGGAUCGAGUUCUUCGCCCAACUUUUACACACCUCCGUUCAACCUUCAUCCUCGGAGACAUUCAACGUCUCCAGCUUCCCCCGGAUCAGAGUCACCCACCAAAUAUUUUGAUCCACCAGCUCCCACAGCACCAGUGUAUCAAGCUGCGACGUCUUUGAACCCUGCCUUUCUCCGUCCGAACGAUAGAUCCAUCUCUGCCCCGGUCAUAGCUACCAUGUCGCCUGGUCCCGCCAUCCCCGGAUUCAACGAUUAUUCUAUCGAGGGUUUCGGGUCGACUUUGAGUGUCGUCAGUGAGAAACCCGGUACGGAGGAUAGGGAAGAUGGCACCGGGUACUUUGGCUUGAGCGGGACCUCGGUGGACCCCGUCAAUGUCAUGGGGUAG